AUGUGGUGGACGUGGUGGUGUGCGGUGCGGUGGCUGGGGCGAACGCAUGCGCUGCCGCGGCUGGCGCUGGGCGAGGCGCGGGUGCUGGUGACCGGUGGCGGCGGCGGGGUGGGCGGGCAUCUUGUGGCGGAGUUUGCGGCGCGCGGGGUGGCGGCGGUUGUUGUGGUGGACGUGGACGGCGAGCGUGUGGCGCGUGUGGUGGAGGCUGUGGGCGCGAGACAUCCAGCGGUGCGGGUGGAGGGCGUGGUGAUGGACGUGACGUCGGCGGAGGCGCGGCGCGGGCUGGUGGCGGAGCUGGCGGAGAAGGGACUCGCUAUCAAUGUGCUGGUGAACAACGCUGGGGUGGUGGCCGGGCGGCGGGUGGGCAGCGGCGAUGGGCGAGCCGAGGCGAUGGUGACGAGUCUGCGGGUGAACGUGGAGGCACCGAUGGCGCUGGUGGAGGCGCUGUGGCCGCAGCUGGCGGGCUCGGGCGAGCAGGCGCAGAUUGUCAACGUGGCGUCGACGAUGGGCCUGGUGCCGGCGGCAGGCCUCGCCGACUACUGCUGCUCCAAGUAUGGACUGGUCGGCUUCCAUGAGUCGCUGGCGCUCGAGGUGCGGGCAGACGGGCGCGACGGGUACCUCGGGCUCACGCUUGUGUGUCCGUACAAGAUCAACACCGGCAUGUUUGACGGGGUGCAGCUGCGGAUGCCGUGGCUCCUGCCUGCGCUCGAGGCGGACGACGUGGCUCGGAGCAUUGUAGAGAGCGUGGAGGCCCGGGAGGAGGUUGUGGUGCUCCCAUGGGCGGUCGGGGCCAUGUUUCCGGUGCUCGGCCUGCUGCCGCGGCGGGUGUGGGUGGCGGUCGUCGAGUGGUUCGGCGGGCGGCACGGGAUGGACAACUUUGCGCCACGCCCCGAUCGCGAACUGCCGGCUGCACUGCGGGCGAGUUAA